ACAUAAAAAAGAAAAAGAAGCGAUUGAACAGCAAACAAAAUACCUCCCAACAGCCAGCGUUCACUUCCGUCCUACGUGACGUGAACGCCGCAUUGCCGUACACAUCCAGCCGCUGGUGUCACUCAACGCUGGCAGAGACCACACACUACUCAUGUCUCUCCCAACUUAACAGGUUUAAACUGCCUUAAAGGUGAAGGAUUAUCCAAAAGUCCCCAGUCUUCUAAAUAAGCUUGGACUUCUGAUGGUCAAAGAUGGAGGAAGAGGACAGCCAGGAUGAGCUGAUCAACAAGAACCAGGCUCAUGGCAAGAGGAAGAGGCCCACUGUGUGGGACAUCUCUGAUGACUCUGACGAAGCCGAGGACCACUCUGGGGAGGAAGAGGAGGGUGAUUCUGAGAGCGGAGAAGGGGAUGACCUCCUUGAUGGGGAAGAGGAGGAGGAAGAUGAGGAAGACAGUGAUGACGACGAUGAAGAGGAAGAGGACGACGACGACGACGGCAAGCCCGCCGAAGGCGCGGUUGCCGGCACUUCCGCCGACCUGGACGGGAUGAGUUCCGACGAGGACGCAGAGAAGUGUCCCAUCUGUCUGAACUCGUUUGGCAGCCAGCCAGUGGCCACGCCCGAGAGCUGCCAGCAUUACUUCUGCCUGGACUGCAUCCUGCUGUGGUCCAAGAACGCAAACUCCUGUCCCGUGGACCGUAUUGUGUUUGGUAGCAUCUACCUGCGGAAAUGUUACGGAGGAAAAGUUCAGAAGAUGAUCAUGGUGGAGAAGCCGGUGAAGGAGGGCAUGGAGGAGGUGGUGAACCUGGAGCUGGAGCAGGUCACCUGUGAGGUGUGUCAGGGGAGCGACCGUGAGGACCGCCUGCUGCUGUGUGACGGCUGCGAUGCUGGCUACCACAUGGAGUGCCUGACCCCCCCGAUUGAUGCUGUCCCGGUGGAGGAAUGGUUUUGCCCCGAGUGCGAGGCCAACAACCGCAACUCCAGGCUCCCUGACGAGGAGCUUAGCGAGGCGGAGAGUCUCCCGGCCCGCGCCCGGUCCUCCUCCAUGCGCAGCCCCCGUGGCUCCGCCGGCCCGGGGCUGACCCGCGCCAUCGCCCGCACCCAGCAGAGCGAGCGGGUCCGGGCCAACGUCAACCGCCACCGCAUCACCCAGGCACGCACCGCGCAGCUGGCUCCUACGUACAUGAUGCAGACCACCUGGCUGGACGACACCAUCAACGCGGUGGUGGCGGGCCUCAACACGGCCGUCUACAUCCGGGACCUCAGCUGGCGCCCGGCCGCGGGUCGGCGACCCAAGCGUAGAAAAGCCAGGAAGGUGUCGUCCACCAAGGGGCAGAGUGGCAAGGCCGGCACCACCGGCGUCAGGAGGAGGAGGAGGAAAGUGAGGAGGAAGUCCAGGAGGAAGCAGGUGUCGAAGACCCCAGCCUCGUCCCGUAGCCGCAUCGCCAAGAGCCUGGGGAUCGCACGGCCCAAGGCGGGCUCGACGCUGCCCUCGGUGGUCCGGCCGUCGGAGCACACGCUGGGCAACAUGCGGGCCGACAUCGGCGCCGCGUCGCUCUCCGUCUACGGAGACCCCGCCGACCUGGACGGAGACGUGGACGGGGCUGAGGAGGAAGAGCUGCAUACCCAGGUCACGUCUCUGCUAGAGGCCAAGCGACGAGGCAUCUCCCACUCCGCUCUGCGCUCCCACCAGCCGGUCGCUCGGCCAAUCACUACCGGCCUGUCCAGACGGGGCGGGGCCAUGCCCACGUCGUCGCGGUGCGUUACCGAGGCGACCCCUGUGCCGGACCUGCUGGGCAGCAUCCUAUCAGGACAGAGUAUGCUCAUGAUGGACAGCUCCGCUGUGGUCAUCAACCGGGACGGCACUCUCAAGGCUCUGCAGCCAGAGAGACCCUCUUCGCUCGUGAGCCCAGGGGCCAGCUCCUCGUCCAUGCCCUCCCCCUCCCUCACCUCCUUCCCCUUCCCCUCCCUCCCCUCCCCCUCCGCCUCCUCCCACAGCUCCCCCUGCUUGCCCUCAGCCCCCCAGGCCCAUCCGCCCCACAGCCUGCCUGCUCCACACUCGCACCCGCCCGCCCUCGGUCACCCCCGCUUACCGCCGGCUCCCCCCCAUCCCCACAGACACGGCCCCUCCGCCUCUUCCGGCCCCCGGGGGACAGACGGAGCGCACCCCCACCAAAGGAAUAGCGUGAGCGAGGCCAAAAAGGCCCCCACCAAGGCGGUUUGGGAGAACGUGUCCGGGCUCCCCAGGAUCCCCAAGAUAAAGCGGGAGGGCAGCGGGGGUGCCGGGAGGGACGCUGGGAACGCCCAGAGUAGAACCAGCAGCAACGGCAGUAGCAGCAGCAGUAGCAACGGCAGUCGUGUCGACGGUAGCAGGGACAGAAGCAGCAGCAGCAGCGGCAGCGGCGGUGCUGUUGUUGCGAGGGGCAGCGGUGCCGUUGUUGCCAGGGGCGGCGGUGCCGUUGUUGCGAGGGGCGGCGGUGCCAUUGUUGUGUGGGGCGGCGGGACGGUUGCCAGGGGCGGCGGGACGGUUGCCAGGGGCGGCGGGACGGUUGCCAGGGGCGGCGGUGCCGUUGCCAGGGGCGGCGGUGCCGUUGCCAGGGGCGGCGGGACGGUUGCCAGGGGCGGCGGGACGGUUGCCAGGGGCGGCGGUGCCGUUGCCAGGGGCGGCGGUGCCGUUGCCAGGGGCGGCGGUGCCGUUGCCAGGGGCGACGGUCGUCGUGGCGACAGCGGGAGCGUGCCCGGGAGGGGUAUCCACAGUCUGGCCGGGGACACGGGCGGCAGGCAGCAGGGCGUGGACCAGACCCGAGGCCGGCACCAGGGACAUUCCCAGAGGCAGGGCGUGGCCGAGAGAGCGGGGCCUUCGUCUGGCUUCUCCAACUCCUUCUGCCCCUCCUCUUCCUCCCGCUCUCUGUCCGGCCAGCCCGCUGCCGCCUCGUCCUCCUCCUCCUCGUCCUCCUCCUCGUCUUCGUCUUCCGCCGCUCCAUCGACAUCAGCAUCGUCCUCAUCGUAUUCCUCGGCGGGCGUGAGUUUCCGCAUCGCCAACAGUGGGAACUCGUGGCGUGCGCAGCGUCUGAGCGGCGCGGCGGCGGCGGCGGCGGCAGCCCGGUCCCGGGACAGCGGCGGCCAGCAGGACAGCUCCGAGGUGGAGGAAGAAGAAGCGAGGAGACGGCAGCAGCAGCAGCAGCGGCGGACACAGGACCGCCGGGACAAGCAGAAGCUGGUGGCCUCGCGGGCCCCACUUAAACAGGAAGAGGAGGUGGAGGACAUCUACGACCCCUUCAACCCCACCAUGUCCGACUCGGACAGCUCGGACGGCGAAGCCCGGGUCCAGGCGCCGCAGACGGACCCCCCGCUGCACCGGAAUGCCGCUCCUGUUAAGAGCGAGGCGUCGGAGCGCAGGAUCACUGCGCCCCGGAACCAAGCGUCAACGCUGCGGGAAGCCGUUCCCGUUGUGAGGGAGCCGUCGCCGCGGGAGCCGUCACCUCCCCGGAAUCCUUCGACGCCUCGGAACGCCGUCCCUAUUAAGAGUGAGCCGUCGGACCGCCGGAUCCCGACGCUCCGGGACCAGGCGUUGCAUCGCUCCACUUCACCGCAACGGAACGCCGUUCCCGUUAAGAGCGAGGCGGCGCAUCGGGACCCGUCGCCGUCUCGGAGUAGCGUUCCCGUUAAGAGAGAGGCAUCGGAGCGCAGGAUCACAGAGUCUGAGGCCAGGACGGCGGGGGAGGUGCGGCGGGUGACGCGGGGAGACGCCGGCUCAGGAGAGCGUCUUGUGGUCAAACGAGAACCGGAAGAGCUCGGGGCCGGUCCUGAACCCGCAGCCCGCUCCGGGUCUCAGGGGGAACUGAAGACCCAGGAAACACAAACACUGCGGGCCGACGUCAAGGUCAAGCUAGAGCCCGGGUUAGCCGAGUCUGGGGGAACCUGCGCCCACCGUCCCUCCUCCUCCUCCUCACCGGGUCGGACCCCGGCUACCGCGUCCCGGUCAGACAAGACCAAGGAGCCGACGGAGGCCCGGGUACAGACCAGCCGGUCCCCCGCCAACACUGUUACCUCCGGCCCACCCCGGGCCGAUCCGGCCCCCUCCAGACCGCCUUCCGGCAAGGACCCCAACGGAGACCGGAAGAUAAAGUCGGAGCGCGUCACCACUCCCUGCUCCCGGGCCGCGGGUCCUAGCGGGUUGACUCCCGAGGGGUCAGGGGCCCCGGUGUCCCCCGGGGGCCGGCGCGCUCGGUCCAACAGCUCCGAGGAGGGCGGCCGGACCGGGGGGAGAGAGCGCGCCUCCUCGGGCCAGGGGGGAAGGAGGCGAGGAGGGGAGAAGGAGAGGGAGAAGGAGAGGGAGAAGGAGAAGGAGAGGGAGAAGGAGAGGGAGAAGGAGAAGGAGAGGGAGAGGCGCUCCAGGAGGUCCAGAUCCAGGGACAGGAGGAGGCCCCGCUCCUCCUCCGGGAGCUCCCGGUCUGACUCGUCCUCCUCUCGCAGGAGGAAGAGGAGGAGGCCCCGAUCAGGUUCCAGGUCUGGGUCCCUCUCAAGCAGCCGAGAACCUCCCAGCGCCAAGAUGGACAAGCCGGGCGGUAGCAGGGAGCGGCACGCGGAGGCCAGAGGGGAGGGCAGAGGAGGGGGUGUUCCGGGUCCAAUGGACCGCUCCAGGGAGAAGGAGCCAAGGAAGAACCAGCGAUCGCCACCCAAGCCCUCGUCCUCCAGCUCUCGGGACCGAGAGAAGACCGGCUCCAAGGACAAGAGGAGACCGCGGUCCAGGUCUCGCUCCAGGGAGCGGCGAAAAGAAGACGAGGCGUCUUUGAAGAGCACCUCCAAAGCAUCGGGCUCGGCCACUUCUUCCUCCAAGGAAGCGAGGAAAGUGAAAGACGACGAGGAGAAGAAGGAAACAACUCCAAGCCGCCCCCAAGAGGUUAAAGACGACAAAAGGGAAAGCAAGAAACCCAUCGCUAAGAAGGAAAGCCAAACGUCCAGCUUCGAGUUCAAGAGGGAAAGCAAAGACCCGGAUUUCGACGGCAACAGCGUGACGGCGGCAACGGCAGACAAAGUUCCCCAGUCCUCGAUAGAUGUUAAAACGGAGACGCCAGCCGAAGCCUCGCCCGGCCCGCGGCCGAUCGAGCGGGAGCAGACCACGGUGGAGAUGUGCUGUCAGACGGAGGUGAAGGGCAUGCUCAGGGCGGAGGACAUCAAGAAGGAACCCCUGAUGCACAUCAAAGAGGAGCCGUGCGACUUCUGGUCGUCCGAGCCCUCGGAUGCGGCGAACACUGGCCCGCAGGCCGCCUCGCCGCCGCCUAGCCCUCCGUCCCCUCCGCCUAGCCCGCCGUCCCCUCCCUUGAGCCCCGCGCCAACGCCUUCGUCUUCUACUGUCUUUCCUGCUGUCACCGUGGUAACAUGCCCACCUCAGAGUGUCGCCCUGCAAGUGCCUGCGGAGCCCGCGCCCGCCAUGGUGAAGCAGGAGGUGGUGGAGCGACCCUGCUCCUCCUCCGAUGAGGACUUCAAUGUGAACUCCUUGUUGGACAACCUGGGACUGUUGGGGUCGGAGGGCAGGAGGGAGCAGCAGGGAGCCAGCGGGCCGCUCAAGCAGCAGCGGCAGGAGGUGGUGGUGGUCAAGGUGGAGCCUGGGCUGGGGCUAAUGGUGGAGCCAGGGCUGGGGGUGAUGCCGGACCCUGGGCUGGGGCUCAAGGUGGAGCCAGGGCUGGGGGUGAAGGUCAAGGUGGAGCCAGGGCUGGGGCUGGGGUUGAAGGUCAAGGUGGAGCCUGGGCUGGAGGUGGCGGAGGAGCGGGAGGCGGCGGAGGAGCGGGAGGCGGACGAGGUGCAGGGCGAGUGUCAGCAGGCACCCACUCCGGCCCCCGUGGCGGUCAAAUCGAAAUCCCAGGGGAAGCGGGUGACCUGGAACAUCGAGGUGCCGGAGGGACCGCAGCCGGAGAAAUCGGCCAGCAAGCUGGCCCUGUACAAGCUGAAGCUGAAGCAGGAAGGCGCUCGGAGACCAGCCAAUAAGGCCUCUGGCUCAUCCCGGCGGAGGGCCAGUGCCCCAGGGGGUCUGGUCCAGGAAGACCAGGGAGACGCCAAGGAAGGGGACCUGCCAAGGAACGACGAGUAUUUGAAGAAGCUGCACAUGCAGGAGCGGGCGAUAGAAGAGGUGAAGCUGGCCAUCAAGCCCUACUACCAGAAGAGGGACAUCACCAAGGACGAGUACAAGGAGAUAGUGCGCAAGGCCGUUCAGAAGGUGACCCACAGCAAAAGCGGGGCCAUCAACCCUGUGAAGGUGGCCAACCUGGUGAAGGCCUACGUGGACAAAUACAAACACAUGAGGAAGCACCUGAAGGCCGGAGACGAGGCCAGCGAGGCCCAGAAUGCAGAGGACGGGAAGGACUUGGACAGCCCAUGAGCGUGCAGACUGCCCUCCACCGGGCAGUCUGCUGGAAUCUCAGAUUGUUCUCGGUCUCAUCAGGUCUCUGUGGGACGACUCUGUGGGGCGCCCCCCCCUCUCCUCCUCUGCAGUCUUCUAUAUGUUAAGCUGCCAAAAAAAACUUUUUCCGUUGUGUUCAGCGAGCAAGCCAUGAAAACGGGAGGCAGGACGUUUGUGUCUUAAUGAGACAGCGCGUCCCGUCCGUCUCACUGACUAUUGAGUCUGUUUUGGGUUUCUGUUUAUUUCCUUUUCUCCAUAGUGUAUUUAUCAGUUUGUUACGGAUUUUAUUUAAUUUUUGGUUGGAAAAACUACGAGAGCAGUGAACCAAUUUUAAAUUUCAUUAUUUCUACUAUUGAUUUGAUGGAGUUAGCUCUUUCAUCCUGUUUCGCCUGCCUGCCAGUGGUAAGUCGCCGUUUCUAGCUUCAUGGAGGAGACCGCUUUAUGUAUAGGGUGGCUCUCGUGCACCAGUUUCUGUGGCCAAUAACAUGUUCAGAACGACAUCAGGAAAAGAACAACCAAUCAACAGGGAUAUGCUAGCGCAUACUAGAUUGAUCCAUGCUAAUAAUUGAAUUAUCAUUAUUAGCACAUGCAUACAUUACAAAUGGUGCAAUUAUUUUUUCAAGAGACCAUGUCGGAACAGAUAAAUGAUGGGGUUUAUAUAUAACCUGUUAUACCUGGUAUCUUGGUAAAAGGUUUGUUUCCGGACGUGAUUUGGCUUUGAGUCAUGCAGAGAUGAGCUGUUAUUUGGUAGAAUUCCAGCUUAACAAUUCAGCCGUAAAUUAUUUUCCAUCAGACAUUGAUACUAAGUCGUUGACGGUUAGUGACGUGGGCAUAUCAAGGAUAAUAAUAAAAAAAAAGGGCUUGCAUAAUAACCACGGUGCUCCGUCAGGGCACAACAUUGGACUCGGCAAGCAGAGGUGGUUUGUUAACACCGGCCUAGUGUGCUGUGUGUUUGUUUGCUAUGUGCAAUGGAGGGAACCACAACCACCCCAUUGGGAUGCAGACUCUUGAGUGAAUCGAGGAUUUAGUGACUAAACACAUUUGUUGUACAAUGUAAUGUUAGUCCUGGCUUACUCGUUGCUCUUGUUGCAAUCAAAGUUGUCAUGGCGUCACAUCCGUGACCACGGUGCUAUUUGAGGUUUGUAGGAACUAGGAUGAAGUAAAUGCGCUAGAAACAUCUCACUUCUGUAAAGUGUGAGCCUGGUGUUUUUCUGUUGGGGUUUUUCCCACUAGGCUGCCCUGAGAGGUCAUUCAUUCGUUCUGAAUUCCCUGGAAUGUGGGCUCCAUCCGGAAUUAUCCAGAAUCAGGUUUGGCUUGGCUCACCCUGACAGAAAUAGGGCUGAGGAACUAGAGAGAAGUGCUGCCUGCCUUCAGUUUUAAACUAAUGGAUUUCAAAUGGUAGAAGAUGAGAUGAUUAGACGAUAGUAGGAUUUCGUUGUUACGUUUUUUUGUCCUGUGAACUGGAACGUUCCACUCCUAGGAUCUGUGUUUCCUAGCCAAGCAGUCUGGAAGAAACUCCUGUUUCAUUAUUUGUAAAUAUCGUUUUUUUCUUUUCUGGGAAUGAUUUAAUAAAAAUUAGAAAUAAAUAGUUAUGGACCUACUGUA